UCUCUGUCUUAACAAGAACUAAGUGGCUCUUUCUAUCAGAAAUGAGUUGAAAUGCUAGAUCAGCAGCCGCAUGUACAUAAACAUGCCACCUGCCACCUUCUGUGACAAGUUCAAUCUUAUUUCUGAGGGAUAAAAAACGACAAUAUAGGUUGAUUUACAAUCAACUUGGUUCUUUGUAUAGACAGUGGUGGAAUUAUUUCCGAUGUUUCGGCUUUAUUCCAGAGUUGCACGAGCAUCAUAUUACAACGCAAAGGGCCUUGCGACUAUGUUUUCAAUCGAUGCUGUAGCUGGAUUUUUCGUCCAAUAUAUCAACCAGGUGGCUUUUUUUGUGCUCUAUUGGAACUACCAUUGCGUCAAUGUAGGCUGUCUCAUGAUUUUCUUGGUAUUUUUUUACUUUCUCUUUCCAGAGACGAAGAGCCGGCCUCUGGAGGAAGUUUCAAAAAUCUUAGACAAGAGAAUGACUUAACGUAUUUCACUACCGAGCGGCCACUACCCCCGAGUGGCCACCCCACCCAAAU